UGACCGUUUAACUGUUACAGCGUGUAGUGUGAGAGAGCGUUGCUCUUGCCGAUUGUUAAUAAAAAGAAGAAGUAAAAAUACGGAGAACGAUUGUGUGUUUUGUUCUUUGUGACCGUAUAAGUUUGUAUGUGCGUCGCGCUACGUGUAUGCAGGUGUAUGUUUGUUUGCCAGCGAAACAGUUUUAUUGUUUGUUCCUUUGUGUUCGUACCCAUAUUUAUCAUGUCAAAUGAAAAACUACAAAUAACCAAUGGUCAAAAGAUGGCGAUUCCUGUAAAUACUAAAUUAAAAAUCAUUACAAACACAGCAACAAUGCCACCUUCCGUUUCGCCGCAAGCGACGCCGCCAGAAAAUUCAGAUAUAUUUUCAAAUCAUAAAACCGACGACAACGACAACAAAAUUGAAGAUUCUAAUGGCGAUCCGCAACGCAAGGCAUGGGAACGUGAACUGAUUGGAAGCUUUCUGCUCAAGAUGGCCGAGGAACAAGUAGUGAGCGCCCGCAGAGAUUGGUUCGUGGAUAAGCGCAUCCUUCGAUGCAAAUUCGAGGAGCAUCUGCAGUCGGAGCCCAAAGAGUUGCGCACCAAACUGACCAUCAAUGGCCCCUACAAUAUCGGAACACUGUUGAAGCGUACAAACUUUUUGAUGAAUACGCCGCGCGGCGAUUACAAUUACCGCAUCAAGAACCUGACCAUGAUGGAGUUUCGCAAGGAAAAAUGUAACAACAUGGAAGAGAAUCAGCGGCAAAAUGAUCCAGUUGCCGUUAGUAGUGUGAUAAACGCAUCGCUUGAUGAUGAUUCGAUUACCCAGAAAUAUGUACUGGACGAUUCCGCCGAACUGGUGGCAUUGAAUUAUGAAAAGACCCAAAUUCAAAAGCGCAACAAGAAUUUCGAGCUGAAUUCGAUGGGAUGCUACAUUUGUCAAUGCAAUUUUGAAAGCAUUGAGAAAUACGAGGAACACAUCGAAUACCAUGGCGAUGAGUCGGAAUUUGAGUCGUUGCGCAAAAUGGAAAAAUAUGCGAAACCCAUGCUGAAGCUAUCGUAUCAAAGCUGCGUAGAUAGCCAUUAUUUUGGAUUUACGCUUGCAACGCAACUCAAGGACAUUGUGAUUGAAAAGAUUAUAAUUGUACAAUCACGUCAGUUCUACUAUGUCUACAAUCAUCGUCUACCGGUCGACAUAUCCGAUAAUGGCCAAAUGAUCUUCUUUGUCGACUCGCAUGUAUUUAUGAUAUUGCGGGAACAGCCCAUUGUUAUUGGCUAUAGUCAGCUGGUGAAGGGCGAACGUAAACAUUAUGUCGAACAGCAUCAUUUCAUGCGCACCGAGGCAUUGCCCAAUGUCAUUUUCAAUGUGAAUCCAUAUCGACUCUCCAAAGGUAAGCAAUUUAAGGGCGGACACCUGGAGCCGGCAAUACCGCCCGAUGAGGUCCUGAAGGCCGUGAAACUUAAUGCGCCGAUUGCCCAAAAGCAGCUGGUCGCCUACAAUCAGGAUUAUGGCAACUAUUGUGAUCUCGGAAAGAUACUAACGCCUACGAAUUUAUACGGGGCACUGGGCACUCUGCUCCAGGUGGAGGAUAUUGAGCGCAUACAAUCCUAUGUGGCACUUAAACACUCAAAAAUGGAGCUGCAUCAGUUUGGCAAAGACUUGUCCGUUAAGCUGCGGUCCAAUACGGCAAGUGCGAAUACUGUACUUUCACCAGGCGAUGAUGUGCUGAUCAUCAACGAGCGUUGCACCAACUCAAUUCCGAAGGGGCCUGGCAUGGCGAAUAGUGUGUGCCAAUUGUUGGAUAAUAAUGAGCUGCAAAUGAAAUUGGCACUGAUGGAAUUUGAUGCGCUCGUCCGUUGGGGCCACGCGACAAACAAACAGUUUGGCGAACCGGAGAAGAAUCGUAAGGAGCCGCGUAUUUAUUUCGCACGCAUUCUGGGCGUAUCGGAUCAGCGCGUCAACAUCACUUGUGAUCGUAGUCUACCGGAUAAUACCACAUUUACGCUCAUCUUUCGUCCGCUGCGUUCCAUUCAACGCUAUCAGUAUCGUGCACUGGAGCAACUCAAGUCAAUGAAUGCGGAUCAUGUACAGCGUCUGCUCUUUCCACAGAACAUAGACAGGCAGCCGCUGGCCAAAGGUGCCUUACGACUGAACAAUCUGCAAAUCGGUUGUAAUUUCCAACAGCUGCGGGCUGUGCAACAGAUUGCUCUAGCCGACAAGCUGCCAGCACCGUAUAUUAUAUUAGGGCCACCGGGCACCGGUAAAACUGCCACAAUUUGUGAGGCCAUCUAUCAGUUGUAUGUGGAACGGCCGGAGACACACAUUCUUGUGCUCGCCGGCUCGAAUACGGCUUGUGAUGAGAUUGCGUUGCGUCUGCUGCGCUGCAUUGCCAAAGUGAAUAACGGUCAAUCGCGUCCGCUGGUACGCGUCUUUUCGGCCAGUUGCGAUCGUCGCAUCGAUGGCAUCGAUGAUCUCUUGCUCGAAUAUUCCAACAUGUAUUCUGCGCAUUUUUAUCCCGCCGUGGAGGCGGUGCACGAUUAUCGGAUUGUUGUCUGUACACUAAGUUUGGCAGGCAAACUCUCAACGGGUGGCUUUGGAAGUGACGAGUGUAAGCGCAAAGUAUUCUCGCAUGUAUUCGUCGAUGAGGCGGCCGCAUCAACCGAACCGGAGGUCUUAAUGGGCAUUGCCUGUACCAUUGCACCGACAACAAACCUAAUACUGUCCGGAGAUCAUAAGCAACUGGGGGCAGUGCUGCAAUCGCAACGUGCCGGUGAUUGGGGUCUAGGCGUAUCGCUGUUUGAACGUCUGAUCCAGCGCGAUUGCUAUGGCCUGGACGAGAAUGGUGAUUACAAUGCAGCCGUGCAGACGCGACUCGUGCAUAACUAUCGUUCCCAUCCCGAAAUUGUUGCGCUCUACAAUGGUCUCUACUACAACAGUGAACUCAAAUCGAAGGCCCCAUUGAAAAAUGUGGAUCUUGCUAAAAACUGGUUUCAUGCGCCUAACGCUGAUUUUCCCAUCAUAUUUCAUUCGGUUUUUGGUGCUAUGAAUCAGCAAAGUUCGAAAAGUUUAUGCAACAAUAAAGAGAUUGAUGCUGUCAUGGAUUAUGUGAAGGAUCUAAUGUAUUUAGGCAUCAAUGGUGAGAAAUUGGCACAAACGGAUAUUGGCAUUAUAUCGCCGUAUAAGAAUCAAUAUCAACGCAUCCAGGAGCAACUCAACAUGCGCAAUUGGCAUCAAAUCGAUUGUGGAUCGGUUGAAUCGUUUCAGGGCAAAGAGAAGCAAAUAAUAAUUGUUUCGUUUGUGCGCUCAUUUACCGAAUACUUGGGAUUCCUCAAUAAUAGUCGACGUUUGAACGUUUUGCUAUCGCGUCCAAUGUCUUUGCUUAUAUUAAUUGGUAAUCCGCGCACGCUUAGCAAGAAUGAGGAAUUUCGUCAUAUCAUCGACAUUUGCCGGAUUCGUAAAACGCUCGUCGGUUCGCCCUAUUAUCCGGAUGAUAAUAAGACGAACGAGGCAAACGCUCAAUCCGAUGCUGAUAAUAAUACAAAUAAUCUGAAAAAUGGGUAUCGCCAAAAGAUCGCAAGGAUUAAUAACACCAACAACAAUAACUGUGCGCAGUCAUUGGGACAGACAUUCAAGCGAACAACAAAACCACGCAGCAAGGCGGUCUAUAAUAAGAAGCUGGUGGAAUUGAGCACCCUGGUGGCUAAAAAAUCCGAGCUUGAGGAGAUUUUUGACGAGCUGCCCAGUGUGCCGACUAAUGGGGACAGCGAUACCGAUUCAGAGCCGCCAAUCCGAAGUGAAAUGCAGAAUUUAACAAUUAAUAUGCCCCCCGUGACAAUUGCUCCACGUGCACCACGACUAGCACAUAAUAACAGGCCCCCACCGCCAGUCAAUGUACCACCACGGACAAUGCCACAGCCAUCACCAAGGACAAUGCCACAGCCAUCACCAAGGACAAUGCCACAGCCACCACUACGGACAAUGCCACAGCCAUCACCAUGGACAAUGCCACAGCCACCACCACGGAGAAUGUCACAGCCAUCACCAUGGAUAAGGCCGCAGCCAUCACCAUUGAGAAGGCCACAGCCAUCACCAUUGAGAAGGCCACAGCCACCAAUCGCAAAGAAAGAAUCAGAAUGUGUUAUAUUAUAAGUAUGUCUUAUAGUAUAUAAACUACGAGGACUACACCGGGCUUAAAUGUGCCCAGUGUUAUCUUUUUUAACGUUUGCUGUUUGUGUCAAAUUGCAAAGGAUGCAGCCAUUAAUGCUGCUCUUUUUGCAAUCUAUUGCAAACAGUUAAAAUUCACAAGGUGUGUAUUAAAACAAGUUACGUAAAGCUUGUUUUAAUAUAUCAAUUGUGAAUUUUCAAUGACAUUUUUAUAUAUUUAUUAUGUAUGUAUGUACAAUCUUUUCAAUUGGAUUCGCACAUCAUACUAAGUGUAUAAAAUAUGUCAGUGUGUGAUUUUUCUUAUCAUAUUUAUGUAUAAUGCAAUGAAAUUUGUACCUAGACACGAUGUUUUGUUGGUUUUGAAACCCAGCCAGUAACAAAAGCUACACCAAUGUUCAAAACAUUUCUGCGAAUAUAUGUUUUAGUCGAAAUUUUGAUUUGUGCAUUCUGUAUGCCAAAAAAAUUAAGGAAGAAAUGUGCACAUUAAUAUAUUAAGCGGAAAAUUUAAAAAUUCAUUUAUAUCCAUGUUAAUCGAGAAUAAAUAUAAACUAAAUGCUUAUUGGACA